AUAAAGCAGUCGGUCCAACCAACUUGACAGCCCGCUUACUGCUGCAGCUCUCUCUCACGUUCUCUUCACGUUUUUGGCGAAAAUUGUGGCUGGAAAAUCAUGGCUGAAUUGGACGAUUUUUUUGCGAAAAAGGACAAGAAGAAGUCGAAGACCAAAACCAAGUUCAUUACAGCCGACGAACUGGUGAAAAACUUGGAGGACGUCACCAAGCGUGAGGCGGCGGCAGCAAAGACAAAAAAACCUGAAGCCCCAGUUGCUGGCAGCGUGGCAGUGAGCGAUAUUGAGAACAAUGUUAAGCCCGCCGAGCCUGUGGUGGUUGUGGAGGAGGAAUGGAAAGAGUUUGAGGAGGAGCAGCGCAAGGACUACAGCGGUCUCAAGAUUGGUCAGCUGAACAUCAACGAGCAGCAACCAACCCAGCUGCCAUCUGCGGAUGUCUACGAUGAGGACGACGACGAUAGCGAGGGUAACGCAACCACUGACGUUAACGCGAAACGCAGCGGGUUCGGUCCCUGGAAAAAACUGAUACCUGCUGAAGAGGUAACGCAAAUCCCGGUGGAGAUUGAAAAGCCCUCGAAAGUUUACAUUUCCCCCGCGUUACGUUAUAGCCAACAGCAAGUCGGUGGCGGCACUGGCAGCGGCUUACGUUCAAGGCGUGCUGCACCUGACAUCACCAAUACGGAGUUUUUCCCCACGCUCAAUGCAGCGCGUCCGGAGGAACAGCGCAAGAAGAAAAACGAACCCGCCUUCGAAGAAGUACGACAUGGCGGUCGCUUUCAGCGUGUGCAGGAGCAGACAGCUGCACCGGUUGCAGCCACCAAUCGAUUCCAAUCGCUUGACGACGAAGCGGACAGCUAGGUCAUCUAAGCUGAUAUCACUACGCCCGCUGUUGUUGCUACCACAAAAGCGUUUCUACUCUAUUAUGUACUACAGUUGCCACUGCUAUACGCGUCUGGCAUACUGACUCGUUGCGAGUCUCUGGUGCGACACUCAGCGAUCACUUCAUAUGGGUUCUUUCUGUAUGCAUACUAUGUUAAAUUUAUCUACGCUUUCGAUUUACGUAUAUACCCCCCAACAGAUAUUGUUCACAUCUAGGUUUGCAUUUUUUUAAUUAUGGAAUCAAUGUACUACAUUAUGAAUAAUAGCCAUGCGUUGAAAUCCGUUGUAA